AUUAAAUUUAAUAGUUAAGGAUAUAUUAUCUUCCUGGUACAGAUUCCUCGCUUGGUUUGAAUGCAUUCUGAUGAGAUGGAGGAUAUUCAAGAGGCACAUGCUGGGCAAAUAGUUGCUGUAUUUGGUGUGGAUUGUGCAUCAGGAUAUACAUUUACUGAUGGGUCAGUUAAAUCCACAAUGACUUCUAUGAAUGUCCCUAAGCCAAUGAUGUCUUUAGCCGUUCAACCAGUUUCAAAAGAUUCAGGAGGACAAUUUUCAAAGGCUUUGAAUCAUUUUCAGAGAGAGGAUCCUACUUUGUGUAAGUAUAAGUUUUCAUGUAGAUUGUUAGAUUUGGUUCUCCAUUGGGAAAAACUAGACUUUGGUUAAGUUACUUAUAACCAUGACUUGGUGCAAAAACCUUAGCUAUUACUUAGUCCUAAAAUUUUUUCUUUGCUUGAUUAGUAAUGUGGGACUAUAUGUCU